AUGUCGAAAUCUCGUUUAGGCCAACCUUUGACUCUUCCAUGCGGCUUGGAGCUGCCAAACCGCCUCGUCAAGGCUUCCAUAGCGGAGAAUCUUGCCGGCGCAAACGGUCUCCCGACGACACCACAAAUCAAAAAUGUGUACUCGGCCUGGGCUAAUGGUGGUUGGGGAUUGGUUAUGUCAGGUAACGUCGAGGUAGAUGUGAGGUACCUUGGACAGGCCUACGACGGCUGCAUUGACAAGACACGUUCACAUGAGACGACGGUCGAGGCAUUCAAGGAUCUUGCCAGGAUUUGCAAGGUCAAAGGAACUCCGACCCUCCUGCAGCUGAACCACCCAGGCCGCCAGUCUCCUCCAGGAGCAGGGACAAAAUCAUUCUGGGACAAGAGCCUAGCCCCGAGUCCCGUCCCACUCAACUUUGGACCGGGCAUCAUAUCCUGGCUCACUUCGACAUGUCUAUUUGGUACGCCCAAGGAGAUGACCCAAGCCGAUAUCGAGGACGUGGUCAAUCGGUUCGUCUAUGCCGCAACUGUCGCCGCCGAGGCUGGCUUCGAUGGCAUUGAGCUUCAUGCAGCGCAUGGCUACCUGCUCUCCCUGUUCCUAUCUUCCAAGACGAAUUUGAGAACAGAUGCCUACGGAGGCUCGCCUGCCGCUCGAACCAAGAUAGUGGUCGAUAUCAUCAAAGCUAUUAGAGCAGCCGUCCCGCCGACAUUCUGCGUUGGCCUCAAGCUCAAUUCGACGGACCACCAGACGGCGGGCGACGCCGAGUCCAAAUCCGAGCUCAGUGAUGCCCUUGAGCAGGCAUCUCUCAUUGCAGAGACUGGUCUGGAUUUCUUGGAGGUUAGUGGUGGAUCGUAUGAAAAACCCUCAUGUGGCCAUACUAAUCCACGUGUGAAGAUGGUUACAGGGCCCAAAACGCAGUCGAAAAGGACGGCUGCCCGUGAAUCCUACUUCCUGGAUUUCGCCAGAGAGCUGAGGAAAGCGGUCCCAGAUAUGACUCUGAUGGUCACCGGUGGCUUUCGUACACGGCAGGGGAUGGAAGCCGCGCUGGCUGAGGGAGCUUGCGAUCUCAUCGGGAUCGCUCGUCCAGCGAUACUCAACCCCUCACUCCCGCAAAACAUUAUCUUCAACAAUGAGCUGAGCGACGAGGACGCCAAAGUAUAUGCCAAAAGAAUCGAGGUACCCUACUUGGCCAAGCUCCUCGGUGCACGAGCCGUAGGGACCGGAUUUGAAAUGAAAUGGUAUACAGACCAGCUCCUCACAAUUCAGGGCAGUGAUUAA